AGGCUGAACCGGGCACUGCAGCACGAGCAGGCCUUCGCCAAUCGCUUCCUUCCCGACGACGAGGCGGCCCGGGCGCUGGGCAGGACGUUCUGGGAGGCCCUGGUGACCCCCUUGGUGCAGAGCAUCACCAGCCCAGACGCUGACGGUGUCAGUCCCCUGGCCUGGCUCCUGAGUGAGUACCUGGAGAGCGUGGAGCUGCCCUGCCGUGCCCCGGGGCGCGGGGCCACCUUCGGUUCCUGCGUGCGGCGCCUGACCCAGCUCCUGGUGCACGUGGACCCCGGCGGCGCCGAGCCAGAGGAGCCCAGAGCAGCCGGUGUCAAGGAGGGGAAGAACAAGGAGGUGCUGGCCAGGGCGGUGAAGGCCGUGGUGGAGAAGCCGAGGGGCCUGUGGGGAAUCUCGCAGUGCUGGCGUGGCGUGGUGCAGCAGCAGGGAGGGGACACGGGUGCGCUGCCAUGCCCCUGUGCCAUGGAGCAAGGCUGGGCUCGGAGUUGUGGCCGGCUGCUGGCUGUGGCUGGUGGCCGCAGGGCUCGGGCACAGCUGUGGUGUGACACUGGUGGCCGUGGCAGGCACUACCUGGGGGACCGGCUCCUGACACAAGGGCCGUCGUGGCUGGAGAGCAGCAUCGUGGAGCAGAUGGGGCUGUGCUUCCCCAGCCGCUUUCCCCAGGAAAUGCUGAGCAACUUGGCCGAGUCGGAGGAGCUGCAGCGGCAGUUCCGCCUCUUCCAGCUGCAGGAGCGGGACAAGCGGCUGCUGGAGCUGGACACGGGGCUGGACUCUUGGGCCCGGCUCUGGGCUCGGCUGAGCCUGGCUUGGGCGCUGGCUCCAGGUGCACUGCGGCUGAACCGGGCAGCCCUGGCCCAGGCCCGCGGGCGCCGGCUGAGGCUKCUGCCCCAGCAGAGGUACCUGCGCACGGAGCGGGCCGAGGUGAGCGCCCUGGAGAGGAAGAGGAACGUCCUGUGCUGCCUCAUCGCGCGCAUCCUCAAGGCGGAGAAGCAGCUGCACAUGGACAGCCUGGUGUUCAGGGUGAUCGAUGCCUGUCAGAAGGGCGAGCUGGGCCCGGGGGUGCAGUUCCUGAGCUUCUGCUGCCACAGCGUGGAYGUGCUGUCCUGCAUCCUGCACCUGCUGAACCAGGGCUACCUGCGGCGCCAGGAGGGGCGGCCUCACGUCCUGGAAUACAUCUCUGCUGAAUCCACAACCCCCCUUGGUGGCCAAGCACAGAUGACUUUCCAGUGCAGGCCAGCACAUGCAUCUCCCGAGGAGAACAGCGGCGACAGCUUGCACUGGCUGAAUCCUGGCACAGACAGGGCGGAGGAAUAUCUCAUGGCAAUGCUGCAGGUGCCCAUGGGGCAUACGCUCAGCCCGGAGGAGGCAAAGCUGCUCAUGAACCAGACAGUACAGCAGGUCCAGGAUACUCUGAGCAUAUCAGACGAUGUUGCUCGGCACCUGCUCACYCACUGUAGGUGGAAUGUGGAUUUCCUGAUCCAAUGCUACGUGGAGAACCGUGAGGCCCUGCUCAUCUCCUCAGGGCUGCAAGUGCAGGAUGUCCAGCCUCCCCCAAGCCCUGGAGCCCACUGCCCAGUCUGUGUGAACCAGCUGUGUCCCACUGAGAAGCCACCAACCCUUUGCUGCAUGCACUACUGUUGCAAGCCCUGUUGGAGGGAGUAUCUCACGACUCGCAUUGAGCAGAACAUGAUUGUCAACUGCACCUGUCCCAUAUCCGAGUGCCGUGCACAGCCAACCACAGCCUUCAUCUACUCCAUUGUGUCCUCAGAGGAGAUUAUAGCCAAGUAUGAAAAAGCCCUCCUCCGACGCUAUGUUGAGUGUUGCUCCAACCUGACGUGGUGCACCAACCCUCAGGGCUGUGAUCAGAUCCUCCUCAAGGAUGGACUUGGUUAUGGAGCAGCCUGUUCCAAGUGCUCCUGGAUAUCCUGCUUCAACUGCAGCUUCCCAGAGGCCCAUUAUCCUGCCAGCUGCAGCCACAUGUCUCGCUGGGUGGAUGAUGAUGGAUACUACGAGGGAAUGACGAGUGAAGCCCAAAGCAAACAUCUGGCUAAGCUCAUUUCAAAGCACUGCCCGAACUGCCAGGCUCAGAUAGAGAAAAAUGAGGGGUGUCUGCAUAUGACAUGUGCAAAGUGUAACCACGGCUUCUGCUGGCGCUGCCUCAAGCCCUGGAGGCCCAAUCACAAGGAUUAUUACAACUGCUCUGCUAUGGUGAGUAAAGCAGCUUGGCAGGAGAAGCGUUUCCAGGAUUACAACGAGAGAUGCACCUUUCAUCACCACGCAAGGGAAUUUGCCAUAAGUCUGAGGAACAGCGUUUCUUCCAUCAGAACUAUGCCAAAAAUUAGGAACUUGACMUUUGUUCUUGAUGCCUGCAAAGUGCUAGAACAGGCACGGAAGGUGCUGGCCUACUCCUGUGUGUACAGCUACUAUAACCAGGACACUGAAAGCAUGGAUAUUGUGGAACAGCAGACUGAGAGCCUCGAGCUGCUCACUAAUGCUCUGCAGAUCCUUCUGGAGGAGACCCUGCUGAAGUACCAGGACUUGGCCACUUCUCUUSAGCUCCUGAAAGCUGAGCAUUUCCGUGCGGGUUUGGAGCUGGUGCGGCAGAUCAAGGAGCGUCUCUUUGCAAUUCUUUGGCACUCCACACAGGAUUUCCACGUUGGGCUCCAGACUUCAGGAGAUGCUGUUCAGGGAAAGCUGAAACUCGCAAAUGUGCCUAAUUCAGCCCUUGUGUGUUCAGGGCAAAAACGUACCAUCCUGUGUGACUCCCCCAACACAGAUGAAGGUGGCAAAGAGGUUGAGGAUGAGGAGUAUGAUCCACAGUGGCAAGAAGACUAUGAUGAUGAUGAUGACCUUGAUGAAGACAACUUUAUGAUUGAUAAUGAAUCAGAUUGUGAUUCUUAYUUUGAUGAUGAUGAUAGCUAUGACUAGAAGUGUUCUGCCACCCAGCCUGUCAGCUUGGACCUCUGGCUCUACUCUGUCUCAAUCAGUUUGUGUUAAUGUUUUUCUUUAAAGGGAGGGAGGAGCUGUCAGACUGAACAAUCAUCUCCUCUGGGAAGCUUCUUGCUCAGUGACUCUUUAAUAUGCUGGAACAUUGCUCUUUAUUACUGUGGCCACCUCUCUCAGAAACACAUCUUGCCUUUUUCUCUUGUCUCCAGUUCUGCCUAUAGGUAUUUAAUUGAAUUAGGAAGUCACAAUCCACCUGCAGAGUGAGGACCACUUGCCACCUGUUAAAGGGCUGCUCCUUGUCCUUGGUGUGUUCUCCCCAAGGGCUGGGCACAGAGGAAGGUGGCACAUGUCCCAGCAUGGCACUGUCUAGCAAUGGCCAGUGUCUGGAAAUCUGUAGAGAAGCAUUUACACUCCAUGCUUCCCAGGUGGAGCUGGUGGGAUUCCCUCYAGCCACAGAUGGAUGUGGUUUGGUUCCUCUGGUUGAGAGGGGCUGUGUUUUUGCCCUUUGUUGGAGUUUUCUUCUCUGUUACAAAGCAGGAAGGGCUGCUAUGAGUGAUGAAAGUUUGCAGGAUUGUUUAGUUUAUAAAUAUAUGCACACACAUAUAUUUUAUAUAUAUAUAUAUAUAUAUGCAGAGGUUGUUCAGAUAAUACUGUAUCUUUGCAAAAAAAAAGGAAAAUCUGAGGAAUAAGGGUUGAAAAAAGUUCUGUUAAAAAAAUUAAACAGU